GGAGCCCAGAUCCUGCUCGGCGCUGUCUGCAUCGGCCUCGGCGUGGUGCUGAGCGUACUUGUGCCCAACCGUGAGCUACCCUACUACUUCACGCGGUCAAUCUGUAACGGAGUCCCUUUCUGGAUGGGCGGCCUGUUCAUCCUCUCCGGCACCUUCUCGGUGGUGGGUGCACGACGCAGCGGAUACUGGGUCCACCUGGCCACCUUCCUCAACCUGGGCAGCGUCGUGGCCGGCUCGGUGGCCUUCACGCUGGGCUUGACGGAGUUCGCACCCCUGUUCUACGACCCCUACUUUGUUGAUAACCUCUGCAAGCACAGAGCGGAGGACCGGGGUUACCGCUCGUGGGAAGCGACCACCAGACCUCCGUACGACGACAAGAGGGACCAAGAGCGGGCCAAGGAGUGCCAGGAGGCUCUCGUAGGGCUCGUGCGCAUGUUGAGCAGCACCCAGAUCCUCCUGCUGAUCGUGCACGUCGCCGCUCUGGCCACCGCCCUCUUCUGCUUCGGAUACGGUUUGCGCCGCCUGUGUUGCUCCUGCUGGGGAGGCUGGCGGGACUACGUGGCCCUGGAGGANNNNGCUGCUCGCGCCCGUGUGCUCGUCGGCUGUUUCUGCGGCCCGGUUUGCAAACUAGGAGGCUGGCGGGACUACGUGGCCCUGGAGGAUGCGGACGUCUCUCCUGCGCCCGAGGAUCCGGGCAAAGAGCAGAGCCGUGCCUGA